AUGACUUAUCCUGACUGUUUCUACUUUUUAGGUCUGGUAGAGAUCUGUUUGAUGCAUCCCCUCGAUGUAGUGAAGACGAGGUUCCAGAUCCAAAGGGGAACCAGUGACCCCAACAGCUACAAGAACCUGGGUGAUUGCUUCCGGACCAUCUUCCGGAAUGAGGGAGUCUUUGGCUUCUACAAGGGCAUCCUGCCUCCGAUUCUGGCAGAGACACCAAAGAGAGCGGUGAAGUUUUUUACCUUUGAGCAAUACAAGAAGUUGCUGAGUUUGACCCCUUUGUCUCCUGGUGUGGCACUGUCUGUAGCAGGGCUUGGCGCAGGCUUGACUGAGGCUGUUGUCGUCAAUCCGUUCGAAGUGGUGAAAGUCAGUCUCCAGGCCAACAGAGAUUCCUUCACAGAGCAACCGUCCUCAUUUGCUCAAGCAAGACGCAUAAUCAACUCAGAUGGAUUCGGACUGAAGGGCUUGAAUAAAGGAUUAACAUCAACACUGGGACGCCAUGGAGUUUUCAACAUGAUCUACUUUGGCUUCUACUUUAAUGUCAAGGAUGCCAUUCCUACCAGCCCGGACCCGACUCUGGAGUUCCUGAGGAAGUUUACUAUCGGCCUAGUGUCUGGGACCAUCUCCUCCUGCGUGAACAUUCCCUUCGACGUAGCCAAGAGCCGCAUUCAAGGCCCCCAGCCCGUUCCUGGAGAGAUCAAGUACCGCACCUGCUUCCAGACCAUGGCCGUGGUGUAUCGGGAGGAGGGGUACUUCGCACUAUACAAGGGGUUGGUGCCCAAGAUAAUGAGGCUUGGACCAGGUGGAGCAGUGAUGCUGCUGGUCUAUGAAUAUGUGUCUGGAUGGCUGCAGAAGAACUGGUAACCAAAAGAAAAAAAACUAAGGGAAGGAAACCCACUUAAGUGCCUUGUGGAUUGUGUGUCAUUGCAAAUGAUGCUAACUGACUCCAGUAAAGUCAGACCAAAUUAGUUUUUUUGUUUGUUUGUCCUUUUUUUUUUACAUUGAAUACGCAAUGCCGCUUUGCAAAAUACCAAAUGAGAAUGGCAACAUAUCUGAUGAUGCAGAUUUAUAAGGACAAACUACAUCUUCAUCUAAGUUAGUUUCUCAGGAAUUAAAAACAGCUGCAGAAAUUUACAAAUAGAAAACAGAUUUGUAACAGUGGAUCUGUAGGUUUUAAAGGCCUCGAAAACCUAUUUUCUUAGUCAGCUUCUUUCUCGUAGCAAUGAGGUCCUACAUGAACACAAUAUUUUCUGCUAAAUUCAGAACACUUUUCACAUGAGAGAUUUAUGUAUUUUGUGCUUUUGUCGUGGGCUGUGCUUAUUAGGCUUGGGUGGUAUCAAGGUGUUAUACCAGGGUAUUUAGAGCCCAAAAGUAUAAUUUUCAGUAACAAACAGAUACUGAGGUUAGGGCUGAGCAAUAUUUCCAAAUUUUCCAGCGGCCACCAUCAGCCCAACAACCGGCGAUUCCCCAUAUAUUUGUGCGCAGCGGGGCAUACCCCCCUCAUUGUUUCAGCAGGAGAUUUGUGCGAGCGGCGAGUCUAGUAGUAAUCUAACAGCACCAUAACUGAAGAAUUAUUUCAUUAAUGAAAGUUGAUUUAAUAAAAAGAGACUAACUAAUUUAAUUCAACGACUCACUUUAUUCAAUUUAAGGAUUUAGUUUUUAGGGUCAUGAUGUCAUAAAAUUUGAUGACAGACAUCAACGCUUCCUUUGAAAAUCCCAAUAGAAGCUUCAAUGUUAAAAAAAAAAACACAUUUGCUACAGCGCUAAGUAGGCUAAUUGCAUAUUAUCAUGAAGUAGCUUAUGUAGUCAUAACUACUUAAGCUGGGGGUUGGCAACGUUGGAGAAACUAGCAAGAGAGACAGCUAGAUUUUAAAAGGAUCCAGCCGAAAAAAUCCACACAUUUCACGUGCAAUGUAGUGCGCACAGGUAGGCAGGCAGGUAGAGCAGCUGAUUUCAGUCGGACCGAAUGAACUCAUUGGACAUCAGGGCUCAUUACAGUCCAGCGACGACCACAGAUACUGGAUUUUUUUUUCAUUUUUGUGUCAGAGCAUUUGAUUUAUUGAUUGUUGUCAGGAGUGAGUGAUGCACACUUGUCUAUACGAACACGUACAUACUGUUUGUAUGUACACAUCUUCACAACAAUGCACAUGUGAUCGCAAAUAUAUACUGUGAUCACACCCAUACGAUUGAGCCUUACUGGAAAUUUCAAACAGCCACAGUAGUGCGCAAUGAUUCUCAAUACGAAUUGUUGUGUAUAAGAAUGUCUUGUGUCUUUUUGCACGAGAUUUAUUGGCAAGAAAUUGUGUUCGACUUUUUUUAAUCUCAAUUUAAAUUAGCAUUUGUAACUUACAUGUAUUGCUAACAAAUAAAAAGGAAUAAAAUUAAA